AGCAACCAAUUUAAACUGUUAGCCAUCACAGAUACACUCACAAUUGCAUGAAAUCCUUAAACACACUGAUUUGGACGAGACAAGAUAUGGGCGAUAUGAAACGAUUUGUUGUGUUGGGUCUGAUCUGCCUUCUGGGAUGUGUUCACCGCACGGACGCACAGUUUCCGAGGGUCUGUUGUACAGAGGAGGGCAUUGUGUCGAAACAGUGCUGUCCCACUCUGGGAUCGGACCCGGCCAAUGUAUGUGGAAUUCUGUCCGGCAGAGGAAACUGCAGCGGCAUUCACGUGGAUUCUAAACCUUGGGGCGGACCGUAUAGAUUAAGAAAUGUGGACGACCGGGAAAACUGGCCAACCAAAUUCUUCAACCGUUCCUGUCGAUGCUUUGGUAACUUUGCUGGUUACAAUUGUGGCGAGUGCAAAUUCGGCUGGACGGGACCCAACUGUGACCAACGCAAAGCUCCUACCGUGAGGAAGAACAUCCACUCGCUGACACCAGAAGAGCUGCAGGAGUUCCUCGAUGUCCUCGAUCUCGCCAAAACAACCCUUCACCCAGACUAUGUGAUCGCUACGCAGCACUGGCUGGGCCUAUUGGGACCCAAUGGAACCGAGCCACAGUUUAGCAACAUCUCAAUUUACGAUUUCUUCGUUUGGCAGCACUACUACUCCGUCCGAGACACAUUGCUAGCACCAGGACGGCCUUUCAAAGCCAUUGACUUUUCUCAUAAAGGCCCAGCAUUCAUUACCUGGCAUAGAUACCAUUUGCUGAGUCUGGAGAGAGAACUACAGAAACUUACAGGUAAUGAGAACUUUGCGGUCCCCUACUGGAACUUCGCCACCGGCCAGUCAGAGUGUGACGUCUGCACAGACUUGCUGCUCGGAGGUCAGGACCCCAGCGAUCAGUCUCGAAUCAGCCCCAGGUCCAGAUUUGCCCGUUGGGGAGUGGUGUGUGACAGUCUGGAUGAAUAUAAUCAGCUGGUGACUUUGUGCAACGGGAGCAGAGAAGGUUCUCUGCGCAGAGGAAUCAUAGAGAGAACCAAUGUGACUUUACCGACCAUGAAUGAUGUGAGAAGCUGCCUGAACCUCAGAGACUUUGAUAGUCCUCCGUACUUCACCAACUCAACCUUCAGCUUCAGAAAUGCUUUGGAAGGAUACGACAAACCAAACGGUGAGCUGGACAGCUCUGUUGCCAAUCUGCACAACCUGGUACACCAGUUCCUCAAUGGGACCAGCGCUGUGUCGCAUUCUGCAGCCAACGAUCCCAUCUUUCUGGUGCUCCAUACUUUCACCGAUGCCAUAUUUGAGGAAUGGAUGAGACGUUUCCGUGGAAAUGAGAGUUUCCCAGAUGAGAUGGCCCCUAUUGGACACAACAGGCAUUACAACAUGGUUCCCUUUUUCCCACCUGUGACAAAUGAGGAGAUCUACGUUGCAUCCGAACAGCUGGGAUACUCCUAUGCCAUUGAACUGGAAGAAACGGACAACACAUCGUCCGUCUUCGUGUUAGGCAGCGCACUUGGAGGGAUAUUCCUCGGCCUACUUGUUCUGCUCUUCCUUUUGGUGCUGUACGUACAGCAGAGGAGAAAGCACGAGUUCCAGCCGCUCCUCAAUGCAGAGUUCACUAAUACCAAGUACACAGAGGAAGCAUAGUCCCCUACAUACUACUGCAUACUACAUUUAAACAUGCUCCAGAAAUGCCGUUCCAGCAGUCACCCUCAACGCCAUCUCCCGCCGCCGCCACAUGUUCCUCCUGACAUACGGACUCCGGGAGUGACGACCAGAACUUCCUGAACUGCCUCAGAUUCUCCUUCAUGUCACUCACCUGCACGACAACACAAUCGUAACGAGUCAAAGAAACAUUUACUCACCCUCAUGUCAUUCCAAACCCAAAAGGAACACAAAAGCAGAUAUUUAUCCAAAUGUAAGGGGACAAACCAUCUACAGUAAGUCACCAUUAACCUUCACUGUAUGAACAUUUAGCCCAAACUCUCCAUUUCAGUUCCACGAAUGAACAAAUGGUUUUAGUGACUAUUCCUUUAAUCAUUUCACCAUUUAGCGGCGACGUAAAUGUAUAGAAUGAGAUACAUAAAUGGUAAAAUCGUUAGUAUUCUUCAUUAGAUGUGGUUUGACAUGCAAGUGUGAGGAAUAAGUAUAACAUGAAGUGUUUCAAUUAAAAUGCAUGCACAGAACGUCCACUUGGGGGCGCUGUGCUGCAGUCUGGACAUGCAUUUAGAUUGUUAAAUAAACUGGAGGCUUUUGAAGAUGUUUUGUGUGACUACACAUUUGUCAGCACCACUGGUUUGUGCUCCUUUCAUGUUUAUAACAAUGACACAUUAUCCUACCAGAAUAGUGCAUCAUCCUAUAUGCUUUUAAAGAGCUAGUGUCCCA